AUUGUUACCACUGUUCGCAUUCCAAGGCCUGUCGAACCUUGACUCCACUCCACACCACACCUCCCGCCAUGGCGACCGCACCCUCGCAAAACUACGACUACCUGCGCCGCAAGCAGAGCACAAAAGCACCAGGAGCUACGACGAUCACACCGGUCCGCAAGCCCACACGCACACCCAGCGAACGCAACAGCAAUGGCACAGUCAGCUCAUACGGAACAACGCAGACAAACAACACCAACAUCACCGAGCCGCCGCAGUUCUCGAAAAAGCUGGUCGUCGUCGGUGAUGGCGGCUGCGGAAAGACGUGUCUGUUGAUCAGCUACAGCUCCGGCAACUUCCCAGAGAAAUAUGUGCCGACAGUGUUUGAGAACUACAUCACCCAGACCCCGCACCUGCCGACAGGCAAGAUGGUCGAGCUCGCUCUGUGGGAUACUGCUGGACAAGAGGAAUACGACCGCCUGCGACCGCUUUCGUACCCGGAAACCGACAUCAUCUUUGUUUGUUUCGCUAUCGACUGCCCUAACUCGCUCGAAAACGUCAUGGACAAGUGGUACCCCGAAGUCCUGCACUUCUGCCCCACAACGCCGUUGAUGCUUCUUGGUCUCAAGUCAGAUCUCCGUAACAAGAAGAACUGCAUUGAGCUCCUCAAGACACAAGGCCUUACACCGGUAACACCUGAGCAGGGCCGCGCCGUCGCCAAGAAGAUGGGCGCCAUGUACAUGGAGUGCAGUAGUAAAGAGCAGGACGGCGUCGAGGACAUCUUCGACACGGCUGUCACCAUUGCUGUCGGCGACGAGUGGAAGACGCCGGCGGAUGUCCGCAGAGAGACCGCCACACCAUCCGCCUCUGGGCAUCACCGGACUAUCUCUACCAUGUCCGAUCUACCCAAGAAGAAGAAGAAGGGCAGCAAGGGGUGCACUAUCCUCUAAGCACUCUCACUGUCACCGAAGGAGACGGCUAUCUCGACACACGACGCUGGACGACACGAUCAAGAUGCUUAAUGACCAUCUCAUCACGCCUUCGG